AAGUGUCUUUUUGGUCGUCUUCAGUGGAAAGGCCUGCAUAGUUGGAAGACGACACAACACAUAUAAUUAAAGGACUCCGCAGCUGGGCACUGUGAGCAUUCAAAAUGCGUUGCUCAUUGUUCGUUUGCCUCAUCAUUGGGGCGCUCUUCAGUUACGGCGCUGGCGUUGAUCCAAGCAAUUUCAAGACUUGCGAGCAGAGCAGUUUCUGCAGACGGUCGCGCAAGGUGCAAAGCGCGGGCAGCAAGUAUGCCCUUAUUCGGGGCACCCUGAAUACGUACUCAGAUUCAUUGACCGCUGAUUUAAUCAACAAGGAGAAUCAUCAUCAGUUUACGCUGAAGCUGGAGGCGCUUGUGGGCAACACCUUCCGUUUGCAGAUUGAUGAGAAACAGCCGUUGCGUCCACGCUAUCGCGUUGAGCACGCACUGAAAGGCAAGCCGGAGACGACACGGAUAAGUGUGGAGGAAUCUGAUGAGCUCACCAUUACGGUUGGCACUUCCAAGGCUGUGAUACAUGGUGAUCCAUUUCGCAUUGACUUCUAUGAGCACGAUGUGCACGUCGUCUCGGUGAAUGCCAAGAACUGGUUGUACUUUGAGCAUUUGCGCCAGAAGGCACAGACGCCUCCCGAGCCAGCCGAGGGCAAUGACCAGGCGCAGCAGCAGCAGCAGGAUCAGCAAGACAACAGUGAAGAGGUGCAGCCAGCCAGCGAACCAAUUGACGAUCCCGGCGCAUGGGAAGAGAACUUCAAAUCGCAUCAUGACUCCAAACCCUAUGGGCCACAGGCCGUUGCCCUCGAUUUCUCCUUCCCUGCCGCAGAGAUUCUCUUUGGCAUUCCCGAGCAUGCCGAUAGUUUUCAACUAAAGUCAACAUCCGGCACGGAUCCCUAUCGUCUAUACAAUCUGGAUGUCUUUGAGUAUGUUGUGGACAGCAAGAUGGCCCUCUAUGGCUCUGUGCCGGUGCUCUAUGCUCAUGGUCCAAAACGCACCGCCGGCGUCUAUUGGCAAAACUCCGCUGAGAGCUGGGUGGAUAUCUAUACGACCGAGACGAAUGUGGUUUCCUCACUGGUGAACUUUGUGUCCGGCUCGAGGAAGUCGACGCCUCCUGUGGCCCACUUCAUAUCCGAGUCGGGCAUUGUAGAUGCGUUCAUUAUGCUCGGACCGCAGCCCCUGGAUGCGUUCAAGCAAUACGCAGCUCUGACUGGAACACACGAGCUGCCGCAGUCGUUCGCUCUGGCCUAUCAUCAGUCUCGCUGGAAUUACAACGAUGAGCGCGAUGUGACCUCCGUUUCGGCCAAGUUUGAUGAGUUCAACAUGCCCAUGGAUACCAUGUGGCUGGACAUUGAGUAUACGGAUGGCAAGCGCUACUUCACAUGGGACAAGUUCAAGUUCCCGGAGCCCUUGACCAUGAUCAAGAACCUAACGGAACUGGGCCGCCACUUGGUCAUCAUCAUUGACCCGCACAUUAAGCGUGACAAUGCGUACUUCUUCCACCAGGACUGCACGGAGAACGGCUACUAUGUGAAGACGCGUGAGGGCAACGACUAUGAGGGCUGGUGCUGGCCAGGAUCUGCCAGCUAUCCGGACUUCUUCAACCCGGUUGUGCGCGACUAUUAUGCCAGCCAGUAUGAUCUGUCCAAGUUCAAGACGGUCUCCAAGGAUGUCAUGAUCUGGAACGACAUGAAUGAACCAUCGGUGUUUAAUGGCCCCGAAGUAACCGCACCCAAGGACCUCGUCCACUAUGGCAAUUGGGAGCACCGCGAUGUGCACAAUCUCUAUGGCCACAUGCACCUGAUGGGCACCUUUGCUGGCCUUAAGCAGCGCGAUCCUGAGCAGCGUCCCUUCAUCCUGACGCGCGCUCACUUUGCUGGCUCGCAGCGGUACGCAGCCAUUUGGACCGGUGACAAUUUGGCGGAUUGGGCGCACUUGCAGCAUUCAAUCAAGAUGUGCCUCACAGAGGCCGUCGCUGGCUUCUCGUUCUGCGGCGCCGAUGUGGGCGGCUUCUUCGGCAAUCCGGACAGCGAGCUGCUGGAGCGCUGGUAUCAGACCGGCGCCUUCCUGCCCUUCUUCCGUGCUCAUGCCCAUAUCGACACCAAGCGCCGCGAGCCCUGGCUGUUCCCCGAGCGCACUCGCGCCGUUAUCAAGAGCGCAUUGCUCACGCGCUACAGCUAUUUGCCUUUGUGGUACACCAGCUUCUAUGAGCUGGAGCAGACAGGCGCACCAGUCAUACGCCCACUGCUGACCCACUAUCCUGCUGACAAGGAGGCGUUUGCCAUUGACAGCCAGCUGCUGGUGCAGCACCGCCUCCUGGUGCGUCCCGUGAUGCAGCAAGGCGUUAGCAAGGUGGACGUCUACUUCCCGGCCAUCGAUGACAAGAAGAACGGCGACUAUUGGUACGACGUGGACACCUUCCAGAGGCAGGAGCGUGCCGGCUACGAGAGCAUACCCGUUACCGACGACAAGAUACCCGUUUUCCAGCGCGGCGGCAGCAUUGUGCCCAAGAAGGAGCGCCCGCGUCGCUCUUCCAAGCUGAUGCUGAACGAUCCGUACACCCUGGUUAUCUGCCUGGAUCGCCAGGGCAAGGCCGCUGGCACGCUCUUCCUGGACGACGAGAAAUCGUACGCGUACCGCAACGGCGAAAGCAUCUACGUGAACUACGAGUUCGCCAACAACCAGCUGACCAAUCGCUUCAUUACCAAGCCGCUGUACAAGUCGGAUGCCUGGAUUGAGCGCAUCAUCAUCGCCGGACUGGGCUACGUGCCGAUAGACGCCACCAUCACCGCCAAAGGCAUCAGCCAGAAGCUGGAGAUAGAGCAACGCUCCAACGGAGCGAUUGUGGUGCGCAAGCCGGCGGUCAAAAUGAAUGUGGACUUUGCGCUCAAACUCAACGCUGCUUAACUAUGGUAUUAACUGAAGGUGUCCUGCAGCCAACCUCUCCAACCCGACCCGGCGCACCCAGCAGGAUUAGACAUUAU